AGCCGACCUGAGGCCCCGGGCGGCCCGCUGCGGGCGCCUAGGCACGUCCGCAGGCUCCGCCGGGAGGUGGCGGGCGCUGAGAGGCGGGAGAGCCGAGGGCGGGCCUGGGAGGCGGCCCGGAGGUGGGGCGCCGCCGGGGGCCGGCCCGCGCGGGCUUCAUCUGCGGACGCGCGGCCUGCGCCCGAGUGCUGGGACCGCGAGGCACUGGGUGACGAACGGCCAGAGCGGCUAUGGGCCGCCGCUGGGGCUUCCUGAUCGGCCUCGUGGGGGCCGUGUGGCUGCUCGGCUCGGGUCAUGGUGGGCAGCAGUCCCCUGAGACGGCGGCGCAGAGGUGCUUCUGCCAGGUUAGUGGUUACUUGGAUGAUUGUACCUGUGAUGUUGAAACCAUCGAUAGAUUUAAUAACUACAGGCUUUUCCCGAGACUACAAAAACUUCUUGAAAGCGACUACUUUAGAUAUUACAAGGUAAACCUGAAGAGGCCAUGUCCUUUCUGGAAUGAUAUCAGCCAGUGUGGGCGAAGAGACUGUGCUGUCAAGCCUUGUCAGUCGGAUGAAGUUCCUGAUGGAAUUAAAUCUGCAAGCUACAAGUAUUCUGAGGUAGCCAAUAAUCUCAUUGAAGAAUGUGAACAAGCUGAACGACUUGGAGCUGUGGAUGAAUCUCUGAGUGAGGAAACGCAGAAGGCUGUUCUUCAGUGGACCAAGCAUGAUGAUUCCUCAGACAACUUCUGUGAAGCUGAUGACAUACAAUCUCCUGAUGCUGAAUAUGUAGAUUUGCUCCUUAAUCCCGAGCGCUACACGGGUUACAAGGGGCCAGAUGCUUGGAAGAUUUGGAACGUCAUCUAUGAAGAAAACUGUUUUAAGCCACAGACAAUUAAAAGACCUUUAAGUCCUUUGGCUUCUGGUCAAGGGAAAAGUGAAGAGAACACUUUUUACAGUUGGCUAGAAGGCCUCUGCGUAGAAAAAAGAGCAUUCUACAGACUUAUAUCUGGCCUGCAUGCAAGCAUUAAUGUGCAUUUGAGUGCACGAUACCUUCUACAAGAAACUUGGUUGGAAAAGAAAUGGGGACACAACAUUACAGAAUUUCAACAGCGAUUUGAUGGAAUUUUGACUGAAGGAGAGGGUCCAAGAAGGCUUAAGAACUUGUAUUUUCUCUACUUAAUAGAAUUAAGGGCUUUAUCUAAAGUGGUACCAUUCUUUGAGCGCCCAGAUUUUCAACUCUUCACUGGAAAUAAAGUUCAUGAUGCAGAAAACAAAAUGCUACUUUUGGAAAUACUUCAUGAAAUCAAGUCAUUUCCUUUGCAUUUUGAUGAGAAUUCCUUUUUUGCUGGGGAUAAGAAAGAAGCAAACAAACUGAAGGAGGACUUUCGACUGCAUUUUAGAAACAUUUCAAGAAUCAUGGAUUGUGUUGGUUGUUUUAAAUGUCGACUAUGGGGAAAGCUUCAGAUUCAGGGUUUGGGUACUGCUCUGAAGAUUUUGUUUUCUGAGAAACUGAUAGCAAAUAUGCCAGAAAGCGGGCCCAGCUAUGAAUUCCAUCUAACCCGACAAGAAAUAGUAUCAUUAUUUAAUGCAUUUGGAAGAAUUUCCACAAGUGUGAAAGAAUUAGAAAACUUCAGGAAUUUGUUACAAAAUAUUCAUUAAAGAAAACAGAAAACAAGUUGAAUUGUGCCUGAACUAUGAAGGCCAGAGUGGAAUUUCAUUCAAAGGCAUAAGAGCAAUGACAUUCUUAAGCCAAACAUUUUAUAUAAAGCUGCUUUUGUAAAAGGAGAAUUAUAUUGUUUUAAGUAAACAAUUUUUUUUUAAUUGUGUUAAGUUUAUGUAUAAUAUUGUGAGUAAAAGUAAUGCUUUGAUGAUGUGGUACAAAUUUUAAAGUUUAAUAUUGAAUAAAAUCAGGAUUAUCAAAUUCAUAUGUGUUAAAACUAAGUAAAUGUAAGUCUCUCAAAAAUUUUGUGUGAGAAGAUGUAAUAUAAAUAAAGCUAUGGUCAGUGUGUUGAGCGUUUAAUAGGAAAAUGCUAAGGGAGGCUCAUGAAGAAUCCACAAUUAACAACCUAAAAGUUUUCAAUACAUUUACAGUUAGAUUUAGUAAAUAAAAAUACAGAAUGCCCAGUGAAAUUUG